AUGCAGAGCGAAGGCACUGUUUACCGGCACCGAGCGCGUUGCACGCUGUUUGUCGGGGUCGCUGCUCCGUUCGGACUAUGCACCACGAAGAGGCACCUAGGGCUCCUUUCGGCACAACGGCCGAGUCAACGGUAUCUGCGUUCAGGCCUGGGUCCUGUGGACAGCUCCAUGGGGUCUCGCAGCAGCGCUCGAGUGUCGGCGGCGCUGGUACACGACACUCGCUGGGGAGUCGGUACGAGCGCUGCGCAGCCGAGGGUAUCAGAAACGAUCUUGUCACGAGGACUGGCGACGAUUUUUUCGCUUCUGCUCUGGCAAGACUUGCAGGAUACGGCAGCGUAUGCGGCAGAGCAUACCAGGACGCAAGCACGAGCUCAGUGGGUGAACCACCACACCGAGGAAGCGACGCGCUGGGGAUCGUUACCCCUGCUUGCGGACUCAACACAGCCCCAGGGUCAAGACGGGAACCUGUCAACCAAACUUCUCCCUGAUGUUGUGGAUACCGACGGUCAACCGCGUGUCAUUCUUGAUCUGGCUCGAGCUCUGAGCUCCUUCGAAUAUGAGCAGCUGCGCACUCGAAUCCACCACAUCGAGGCUACCACUGGAUACCGGGUUCGUAUUCUGACACAACGCUUUGAAACGGUUGGGCGAGCGAUCAGCAGCUAUUUCGGGUUACAGGAUCAACGGAGUAUACUCAUUGUGCUCGAUGAGCGGAGCGGCAAUGUGCUCAAUUUUCGCGUUGGUGAUCAAGUUACAGCGCGUUUUCCGUCCUCGUUCUGGCUGGAGUUACAGGGACGGUACGGCAAUCAGUUUUACGUACGAGAGCACGGCGAGUACGGUGUGCUGGAUGCCUGCAUUCGGGCGAUGGAGACUUGUCUCCAAGAUGGGCGUAUCUGCCGCUUUGUACCUGGAUUCGGACGCGAUCAGUGGGCACUAAGUUUUCUCAUGUCACUUCUCGGAGGGGCGGUGAUCGGGUUUACGGCACGCACCCCACAGGACGGGAAAGAGGCGAGUACGCCGAACUGGCGCUGGGUUCUGGUGUUCUCCCCGCUCUGGGCGAUAUUUCUAGUCUCGUUCGGCACACUACCGAUUGUGGCACGAGAGGGCUGGUGGAAUCGCGACCUCAUCGCGAACUGGGCUGGAGCUGUUCUCGUGGCAACCGCGUUUUGGUACGCCAUUCCGCGUGUGUUUCCGAAUGGCCCCGGGGAUCGUGCUCGCUGA